AUGGCAUUGGCUGCAAUAGAAAACCUUGGCCCUAAUUCAGCACACGACUUCCCAAUUAGACCAGUAAUUGCACAACAUUCCAUUUCACCUUUAGGGUUUACUAUAACAGCGGCAUUAUCUUUGAAAAACAAGCCAGGCUUGCCCCCUUCACGGUGGUCUUCACCAUAUUAUUCUGCAAGCCAAAGGAAGCUGGUUCAGCCGGCCAUUGAUCUCCUUAAUGAAGAUGAUAUAAAGAUUUUACACGCCGUGUUAUCAGUGCAGUUCACUAUCAUCGCCUUCGUCACACCCGGCAGGAACUUAUUAAUGGCCGAUCCUCCCGCCCUCACUUGA